AUGGAACAUUUUCGUCAUACCGCUCACAUUGGAACCCACACCCUAAGCUACGCAUUGCGAGGAAUCCCCCGGCAGCCCGGCGCUCCACUAGUGGUAGUCUUCACCGGGAUCACGAGCAGCGCCCUGGAAUGGAGCGCAGUGUGUCGCGAUCUCGAGCAAGAAGCAACCCUGCUCCUAUAUGAACGAUCCGGCUACGGCCAGAGCGAGGCAACCGUGGCGGAGCCGGACUCCCUCACCAUUGUCGAAGAGCUGUCCCGACUGCUCGUCACUGCCGCCCUCCCACCCCCGUACCUGGUGGUCGGGCAUUCGUGGGGGGGCAUGCUCGCGCGCGAGUUCCUGGCCGCCCGCGGCCCCGAGGCGAUCUGCGGGAUGGUGUUAAUAGACGCGGUGCAGGAACGCAUGCUCUUCGAGACGUGGCCUGAUCCCAGUAUUGCGGCAGUCACCGCGGGGCUCGACUACAUGGAGGUCGUGGGGUUGUCGCACGAUCACCAGCUGACGGACGCCGAGUGGGCAGAGUUGAUGGCGGAGGAAGCCAGCUCGCACCACGCGCGCCAGGCUGUCCGUGAGCUGCCCUAUCUGCAGAUCAGCCGCCCCGUUCUGGCCCGAAAGCAGCAACUCCACCCUGCCACCCCGGACGGGGGCCGAGCCCUGCUACACGGCCAGCCGCUCAGCGUGCUCCGCGGCAUUUCCUACCGCGACCAGCAGCGCCUGUACAACCGGGGUGUGGCCCAAGGAUUGGGGACAGAGGCCCAUCGAGCGACCUUUCGCAACUAUCUGGCAAAGUGGGACAAGAGCGAGGAGGCUUUUCAGCGCGAACUUUUGAAUUUAUCGACGACCGCACGUUUCUCAACAACAAACAAGAGUGGCCAUAACAUUCACAUCCUGGAGCCGGAGCGAGUUGCAGAUGAAAUUCGCUGGGUUCUAAGGAGGAUUUUAUCGGGUGUUCUUUAA